CGGGGUCGGCAGGCCAUGUGCAGGGGGUGCAUGGCGGGCCGCGCCGCGCCGCGCGUGCACAGCAGUCACGUGCGGGGGGGAAGCCGGGAACGCGGUCACACGUGUCACGUGCCGGCCAGGGUGACGAGUCACGUGAUCACGUGUAUCAUUCCAUCCGGCCGGCGCGCGCACGGGCACGUGGUGCACUGCGCCGGUCGCUGAUAGGCCGGAUAGCAAGAAGCAGUCACAAUCAGGAUGCAUGUUUCUGGAAGAUCGGCGGCACCCGCCAGCGCGCCGGAUAUCAGCCAGCCGCGAGAUCCGAGGUUUUUGCGGCGGGCCACUUACGGGGCCUGUUGCGGGGCGCUUCCGGCCCUGGCCCACGGCCGGUUUUCAGAACCAAAACGACGUUUCGCCUUAAAGCCGCCCGCCGUCACGUGCCUGGGUCCUCUUCCCCUCGGCUUCCUCGUGCCGCCCAGACUGGCCCCCAACCUCGCAAAUAUCACAUGGCGCCCCGGAAAAUAUGCUCGUGUGGCCCCGUCUGUCGGGCUAUCUGUACGAUCGAUUUCCCGCUGCGCGGGGCCUGGAUAUUUCCACAGCCGUAGUCAAAUGCAUUGGGGAAGAAGCCCUUAUCGCGGGUGCAAACUUAUCGCAGCACGAGAUCAGGGCACGGCCCGCUGUGUGCAGGCGCGCGCGCAUCCAGCUAGGGCUGAUGCACUCUAUAAUUGAAAAAAAAAAACAAUUAAGUAAUAGGAGACAAGCAAACCCGUCACCGCUUUCGAGUCUACUCCACUAACCUCGUUCGUUUUCCCAGAACAAGGCAUCUGCGCCACUGGCAUCUCACGUCCCGACUCCCCUGAUUCGCGUCACGUGGUUUCCUUUGUG